AUGUUCAAUGAAUUUGAAUACAAAAGGUUAGAAAAAAAGAAAAAUCUGAAUUGCAUCUACGUGAAGAAAUUGUGGUUUUAUUAUCGUCUGAAAACGUCGAUAGAUUAUCAACAUAUCCUAAAAGGACGUCGUCUCUGUUGCAUCGCCAUCGCAGCUCAAGGCCGCAAAGCGGCGGCCUGCAGCUUCUGCUGCAUCAUAAUCGUCAUUAUCAUCAUUAUCAUCACCGUUAUCAACAUUAUUGUUAUUAUUCCUACCAUAAUCAAAAGUCGGAAAUUGCAAUACGAUACGACGACAUCGAGCAUCGGUCGCUUGACAAACGAUGCGAGCUGUUAG